AUGGCAUACUCUCCACGCCACUCACAGCAAUUCUACAACUACGACGCAUCAACCCCGCCGCCGCCACCGCCCAAGCCAGGCCAGGCCAGUGGAACCGCAACCCCGUCUCAGGGCCCUCCUCGGCCUCGGCCUCCACCAGGCCAGGCAUCGUCAUCGGGGCAUCUGCCACAGCACGCGCAGGCGCAGCACCAGCAGCAUGCCCAGGAGAGCGGCGAGCAGGCAGCCGUUGCACCGCCGGAAGAGGGCUGGCUGCCCGAGGUGCUCAAGGACAAGUCAAGCAAGGAUUUGCAUCAUGUGCUUCAAACGCCCGAACUGCAGCAUGCUAUAAUCCAUGAUGCCGAAACAAGACAUGCCUCAGUUCCCGCGUCUACUGCGCCUCUGCAGGCUCUGCUGGCACAGAAUGUAGGCUUGGCUGAGUCACUCAAGCAACUCGAAGCCCAUGUGCGCCAUCAGCGCGAUGACGUGCAGUCACGCCUGCUUGGGUUGCGGGCACUGGAGCGUCAGUGGAGAGCAAAGCAGAGCGAACAAGACGAAGCACUCGGCGAAUUCAGCCCACCGGCGCUGUACCAGCGCCUCAGUGCGGCUGUAGGUGAGCAAGAGGCGCUGUGCCGCGGGCUCGAAGAGAGCUUUCUCGAGGGCGAAGGAUUCGGGGGUGGAGAGGCGGUUGCCAGCGACCGGGAAGUUACAGACUUUGUGAGGCGAUUGAAAGAAGGGCGUAAGAUUGCCUAUCUUCGGGCCGAGCGCAAGGAGCGCUGGGACGAGGGAAGAGUUGGGGGUUGGAGGUGAGACAUGGCGUGCUUCUCGACAGACAUGUUGUAGUGUGUAGUAAUACUGGCGGGCAAAGGGACCGAAGCAUCAGCAGCACGAUGGCGAGGGGCAGUAUUGUGCACAGGUUCUUGUAGCAGCAGCAGCAGCAGCGAAUGCCAUUGGCGGCGGCGGCCUCGCCUCAUGGCAUUGGGCGGGCAUGACAAUUAUGCAGAGGUGGGCGCCAACGUCA